AAAAGUGGAAUGAUUGGGAUCAACUUUUAAGCUCAUUCCCGCUUUGUGUUUGCAAUGUUGAUUUUUAGAAACCUAAUUUCAAAUUUCUCGCUCUCCAAUGAUCUUCGACGCCCGAAUCUCAAACUGGUGAUGAGAGAAUCAAGAUCCUGAUCUUCCAUAACGUACCGGCUGCUUCAGCUCUAUUGAUCGGCGUGCUUCUUGCAGUCGAUUUUAUCUUGAAUCGACCGAUUUGAUCUUCGUUCUCAUGGCGAUAAUCUAUGCGCUGGUGGCGAGGGGGUCGGUGGUUUUGGCUGAAUUUUAUGUAACUCCGACGAAUGCAAGCUCGAUUUCUCGCCAAAUACUCGAUAAAAUUCCGGGAAACGAUGAUUCUCAUGUUUCCUACUCGCAGGAUCGGUAUAUCUUUCACGUCAAGCGUACCGAUGGCCUUACGGUGCUCUGCAUGGCCGAUGACACUGCCGGAAGGAGGAUUCCUUUUGCAUUCCUGGAAGAUAUUCAUCAGAGAUUUGUAAGGACAUAUGGCCGUGCAGUUCAUUCAGCCAAUCCUUAUGGCAUGAACGACGAAUUCUCAAGAGUUUUGAGUCAGCAAAUGGAAUACUACUCCAAUGACCCAAGCGCCGAUAGGAUCAACCGGCUGAAAGGUGAAAUGAGUCAGGUGAGAAAUGUCAUGAUAGAGAAUAUUGACAAAGUUUUAGAGAGAGGUGACCGAUUGGAGCUGCUUGUGGAUAAAACUACUAAUAUGCAAGGAAACACCAUGCGAUUUAGGAAGCAGUCUCGACGUUUCAGAAACACAGUAUGGUGGAAAAAUGUUAAGCUCAUGUUAAUGCUGAUAGUACUCCUCCUAGUGAUUGCAUACUUGGUGCUAGCUUAUGUUUGCCAUGGAGUGACACUACCUAAGUGCCUAUAAUGAGAACAAUUUGACAUGUGAUUAUACGUAGUUCGGGUUGCUCCCUCCUGUUUUCUGUGAUUUCCACCGGUGUACACUGCUCGUACACUAAUUUAUACGAUUUGAUAAACUCAGCUUGUCUGGGUGCUGAUGAUUUGGAUUAUACAUGUUCAUCUUCAGAAGGCAUGGCUUUGGUUGGACACUGUAAGUAAAUUCUUAAGGUGAAUUCGUAAUUUUUUCAUACCAGCGUGAAGCUUUAGCUUUGUUGUCCAUUACGAAAUCCAGGUCUCUUCUGACCAUAUUUGGCAUCUUUUGACAGCCAAGUGUUAUACAGCGCUUUGCUGAAAAAACUCCUUGUGCUUA